CUGGGAGGAUAUUCUUGGCGAAAACAAGGUAAGUACACACCCAACCAGGUCAUGAAGCAAGUAACCCUAAGAAUGGCUGUAUAACACUGUAGCAUCAUAGUAAGCAUACAAUGAAGCGCUCAAUCAACAACAGCUAUUCUGGUUCUACUCCAUUGGAUUCCAAUUGCAAACGCAUUAUACUGGCAUUGGUUUUCGCUUUUGCUGGAGUAAGUGGCACAUCGUUAAACAUUGCAGCCGGCGGGGGAAUUCCAGGAGCAGCUGAGAAUCUCACAAUUACCAGCACUGCAUCUAUUAGUAGCAAAAAUUACAGCGUGACGUACGAUAGGCGGUCUCUGAUAAUCAAUGGCCAGCGGAAACUGCUCAUCUCUGCUUCCAUUCACUAUCCCCGCAGCGUCCCUGCCAUGUGGCCAGGAUUAGUUCAACUGGCAAAGGAAGGAGGAGCUGAUGUUAUUGAAACUUAUGUCUUUUGGAAUGGUCAUGAACAUUCUCCGGGCAAUUAUUACUUUGGUGGAAGAUAUGACCUUGUGAAAUUUUGCAAGAUCGUUCAGCAAGCUAGUAUGUAUAUGAUUCUUCGAAUUGGACCAUUCAUUGCCGCAGAGUGGAAUUUUGGUGGCAUUCCUAUAUGGCUCCAUUAUGUGCCAGGGACCACUUUUCGGACGGACAAUGAACCUUUUAAGUAUCACAUGCACAGCUUUAUGACAUUCAUAGUAAAUCUGAUGAAGCAAGAGAGACUUUUUGCAUCUCAGGGGGGCCCUAUUAUCUUGGCGCAGGUAGAAAAUGAAUAUGGUUUCUAUGAAGCAGCUUAUGGAGAAGGAGGUAAAAGGUAUGCCUCAUGGGCAGCAAAAAUGGCUCUUUCUCAGAAAACAGGUGUCCCUUGGAUUAUGUGUGAGCAGUUUGAUGCUCCCGUUGAGGUGAUUGACACUUGCAAUUUGUUUUACUGUGAUCAAUUCACACCACUCUCUCCAACCAAACCCAAGAUGUGGACAGAAAAUUGGCCUGGAUGGUUUAAAACGUUUGGGGCCAGUGAUCCUCAUAGGCCUCCAGAAGACAUUGCUUUUUCCGUUGCUCAUUUUUUCCAAAAAGGUGGAAGUUUGCAAAACUAUUACAUGUAUCAUGGUGGGACAAACUUUGGUCGCACAUCAGGUGGUCCCUUUAUUACCACAAGCUAUGAUUAUGAAGCUCCAAUUGAUGAAUAUGGUCUAGCAAGACUCCCCAAGUGGGGUCAUCUUAAAGAACUUCACAAAGCUAUAAAGUUAUGUGAGCCUGUGUUGCUGAACAAUGACCCCAUUUUGCUCUCACUAGGUCCUUUACAAGAGGCAGAUGUCUAUGAAAAUGCAUCAGAAGGAGCUUGUGCAGCAUUCCUCGCUAAUGCAGAUGAUAAAAAUGAUAAGGUGGUAAUAUUCCGGAAUAGGCAAUACAAUCUGCCAGCAUGGUCUGUCAGCAUUUUACCCGACUGCAGGAAUGUGGUGUUCAAUACAGCGCAGGUCAGGUCUCAAGCUUCUAUAAUUGAGAUGAUACCAUCAGAUUUCCAGUUGUCAUCAGCAUCAUCUGUUAGUGGCCUGAAAGGUCUUCAGUGGGAAGUGUUUGUGGAAACAGCUGGAAUUUGGGGAGAUGCUGAUUUCACAAAGAAAGAACUUGUAGACCACAUCAACACUACUAAAGAUACUACUGACUACCUCUGGUACACAACAAGUUUAUAUGUGGAUGAGGGUGAGCAGUUGCUCAUAAAUGGAACCAAUGCAAUGCUUCAAGUUGAAUCAAAGGGCCAUGUUCUGCAUGUCUUCAUCAAUAAAAUGUUACAAGCUACUGCAUAUGGAAAUGGUACAGUGCCACCUUUCACGCUGCGAAGUCCUAUUUCUCUCAAGGCAGGGAAGAAUGAAAUUUCAUUACUAAGCAUGACCAUGGGCUUACAAAAUGCUGGUGCAUUUUAUGAAUGGGUUGGCGCAGGUCUAACAAGUGUAAAAGUUGAAGGGUUCAAGAAUGGGACUCUUGACUUGUCUUCAAAUAUUUGGACCUACAAGAUUGGAUUGGAAGGAGAGAGUCUGAGAAUAUAUCAGGGAGACGGUUUGAACAGUGAGACGUGGGUGCCAGUUUCGGCUCCACCUAAAGGACAGUCUCUUACAUGGUAUAAGGUUGUCGUUAAUGCUCCCCCUGGAGACGAACCUGUUGGACUUGACAUGAUCCAUAUGGGGAAAGGCAUGGCUUGGUUGAAUGGAGAAGAAAUUGGAAGAUAUUGGCUCAGGAAAAGCUCUGAAAAUGAUAAUUGUGUUCUUCGAUGUGACUACAGAGGCAAUUUUAACCCUCACAAGUGUAACACAGGUUGUGGAGAACCCACACAGAGAUGGUACCAUGUGCCGCGCUCAUGGUUCAAGCCAUCUGGAAACAUAUUGGUGUUCUUUGAAGAGAUAGGUGGAGACCCUUCACAAAUUACAUUCUCUCUUCGGAAAGUCUCAAGCAUCUGUGCUCAAGUCUCAGAAGAUCAUCCUUGGGUUGAUCUUGAGCAUCUGCAAGAUGGUGAAUUUGGGAACAUAGGGAAACCAACUCUUAAAUUGAAGUGCCCAAUGAAUACUCGGAUUACUGUGGUUAGAUUUGCCAGCUAUGGAACUCCUUCUGGUACUUGUGGCUCCUAUGCUGAAGGAAAAUGCCACGACUCGAACUCUGUCUCGUUGGUCAACAAGGCUUGCUUGAACAAGAGUGAGUGUGGUGUAGAACUAUCUAACAGAAAUUUUAAUGUGGGAAUCUGCCCUAAUGUGACCAAGGAACUCGCAGUUGAAAUUCAAUGUAUCUGACGAUGCAAUUCCAUACCCUACACUCAUUCAGCACAGCAUGGUGGCAUUAUAUUGCCCAUUUUAGUUGUAUUUUAAAAUAUUUUUCUUAAUAAACUAGCUGAACAAUAUAUCAGCAUUUGUCCCCUUUAACAGGACAAAUAAUUAUGAAUAAGUAAGGGUAUAAAUAAAUCUAUGGUGGAUAGAUGUGUUAAUGCGUCUUGGUCGGUGGAAUGGUAUCUUGUGUACAUAACAGUGAAGUAAACGGAAAAUGAUGGACGGCAUAUUAUGUUUA